AGCUUUUUGCCAUAUUAAAAGUAAGUUGUGUCGGUUGCUGCUGCGCUUUGUGCAUAGACUAGAAUCGUUCUAGAAACUGCCCAGAUUACAAUUGUCUCUUGUUUAGACCUCAAUACUAAGGACAAGAUGUUUGAGGAGGCUAGUGAGGUGUUCGAUAACAUGUUUAAGUCAUCUUUCCCCUUGACUUUCAUUGUGUUUAUCCCUGCGGUGCUGAUUCUCGUCUCACCCCUUCCAACCGAAGCGGCACAUGAAUUCACCGUGUACCGCAUGCAGCAGUAUGACCUGCAGGGACAACCGUACGGUACCAGGAAUGCCAUAUUGAACACAGAGGCCCGCACAGUGGAGGCGGAGGUGCUAAGCCGCCGCUGUGUCAUCAUGCGGCUGGUGGACUUCUCCUAUGAGAGAUAUCAGAAAGCCCUGCGCCAGUCCGCUGGGGCUGUGGUCAUAAUUCUCCCCAAGAAUAUGUCCACCAUGCCACAGGACAUAGUACAGCAGUUCAUGGAGCUGGAGCCAGAGAUGCUGGCCACAGAGACCAUUGUUCCAGUGUACUUUGCACUGGAGGAUGAUGAGCUGCUCUCCAUCUACACACAGACCCUCACCACCUCCUCCUCCCAGGGGUCCUCCUCUGCAGCCGAAGUGCUGAUACACACAGCCACGGCCAAUGGCUUUCAGAUGGUGACGAGUGGGGCUCAGAGCAAGGCAGUGAGUGACUGGGCCAUCACCAGUCUAGAGGGGCGACUGGCUGGAACUGGAGGAGAGGACCUGCCCACCAUCGUCCUGGUGGCUCACUAUGACUCUUUUGGUGUGGCUCCGUGGCUGUCCUAUGGAGCAGACUCUAACGGCAGUGGGGUGUCUAUGCUGCUGGAGUUAGCCAGGCUCUUCUCCAGACUCUACACCUACAAGAGGACACACGCUGGAUACAACCUCCUGUUUUUUGUCUCUGGAGGAGGGAAGUUCAACUACCAAGGCACCAAGAGAUGGCUGGAGGACAACCUGGAUCAUACAGACUCCAGUCUGCUUCAGGACAACGUGGCGUUUGUGCUGUGUCUGGACACCCUGGGGAACGGGGACAGUCUGCACCUCCAUGUGUCCAAACCACCUAAAGAAGGCACCACCCAGUACGCCCUGCUCAAAGAGCUGGAGACUGUGGCAUCCAGCCAGUACCCAGAGGUCAAGUUCUCCAUGGUGCACAAGAAGAUCAACCUGGCAGACGACACGCUGGCGUGGGAGCACGAGCGCUUCGGGAUCCGCCGGUUGCCUGCCUUCACCCUGUCCCACCUCAACAGCCACCGUGAGGCACAGCGCUCCAGCAUCAUGGACGUGCGGUCAGUGUCCCCCUCUUCUCGCCACGGAGUGGGAGAGCCCCCUGCUGGACCGUAUGUGGAUCUGAGAAAGCUCAGCAGGAACACAAAGCUGAUUGCAGAGUCACUGGCGAGAGUAAUCUACAACCUCACAGAGAAGGGUGCUCCAGGAGACCUGCAGAUCUUCACUGAACAAAUGCAGGUGCAGGAGGAGCAGCUGUCGUCAGUGGUGGACUGGCUGACAGCCCAGCCGCGGGCUGCCCAGCUGGUGGACAAAGACAGCAGCGUGGUCAGCACCCUGGAGUACCACCUGGGACACUACCUGAAGGACGUCCGCAGGCACUACGUCAAGGCUGACAAGAGAGACCCAGAGUUUGUCUUCUAUGAUCAGCUCAAACAGACCAUGAAUGCUUACAGGGUGAAACCAGCCAUCUUUGACCUGCUUCUGGCGGUCUGCAUCGCAGCUUACCUCGGAGUGAUAUAUCUGGCCAUUCAGCACUUUGGAGUUCUCUACAGUGUGGUGCGCAGAAUAACAGCACCCAAGACCAAGCAGCAUUAAGCCCCUCCCCUUACUAUCCUCCAGACUCUUCCUCUCCUCACAGCGACAACGAGUUCUAGCCAAUAACAAAACGGGGGCGGACCAAGCAGCUCUUAUGAUAUAAAAACAUUUUACCACCCAAUAUAUUGCCUUUUUCCCUCUUUGGAAAUGAAACAUGUUGAAUCAUUUCUCUCUGCCAAGUUUAGUCAUUUAGUCGGUUCCUUUAGUCUUCCUGUCCUCCUGAAAACAGAUGUCAAACGUUACCACCUCGUAAACCCAGUCCCACAUUAACCGCUAUUUCCCCCAUGAUCUGAGAUAAUUCGAUAGGUGUCAAUAUGGUAAUAGCAUCACCUGGCUCUUUGAUUGGCUAAGUGCGAUUUUCACCAGCUUAUACCCAACCAAUCCUCUCCGUUCUACACAUGCAUAAGUAGGGAGGGACUAGGGGUUGAUGUGGGAUUGGGCAUUUCUAAAUCCAUGGCUCACUCAGUGCCCUAUAGUGUGAAUUUUGCCAAACGUCAGUGGGUCAUCUUCUUGGGCAGCUAUGGAGUAGCAGUAGUGAAACUUGGUGAUAUUUGUUUGGAUGGUCAAUGUAUUUGGUCAUCAUGACUAGAUUUUUUUUUUUUUUUUCUCUCUCUAACCCAAAUUAGUUUUCUUAUUGUUUAAAUUACAGUGCCUUGCGAAAGUAUUCGGCCCCCUUGAACUUUGCGACCUUUUGCCACAUUUCAGGCUUCAAACAUAAAGAUAUAAAACU